GUGUCGGUUGCGGUAAGAUCCAGUGCGAAAGAGCUGGGCUCGAGCGGAGCUCGCGCGUCCUCGUGGUUCGCGCUCGUUCCGCGGCCGUUCCGCGCUCAGUAGGUACGAGACUCGCGAUCGAGCAGCACGUUCGUUCGACCCGUUCGCGAGUCUCUUCUCGAGCCGGCGUAUCGAUCGCGAUCCACCCUUCCUGCGACCCCUCGGAAUUGAUUUCGAGCGGCCGACACGGUGAACGGAACGAAACGGAGCGGAAGAGCACGUGGCAGCGCGCGACCACCCCCCUCGCGAACGCGUUCUUUCGGUCUCGCGAUGUGCCGCUAGGAUCCGAGAGUGUUGGAGACGACGGUGUGCAUAUAUGUGUUGUACGCGUGCGUGAGAAAGAUCCGUGGAAACGGCUCGGUCUCGUACGAGAUGCCGCGUGCCUCCUGGGACGGUGAACGGAGCCGUUUAAGAAAUAGAGGGAACAGAGAGAGAGACAGAGAGAGACAGAGAAAGAGAGAGAGGAUCGAGCCCAUAGAUCCAGCAGCCGACGAACCUUCCCGCCGAGAAGCCUCCCGGCGAUUUUACCGACGUCAGAAGGUUAAACCCUAGGGAACGCCUAGAAACCGUGUCCCCGCCGUGUCAUGGAUAAUAAUCGGGAGAGCCCGUUCUCACGGACGCAACCGGGCAGAAGCUCGAUUCGGUCGCAAGUCGGCCGGAAGGCGUUGGGAACGAUCGACGCGGGCACGGCGAACGGUCAGCGUCAACAGACGACGCCGACGCCGAGCCCGAGGCAGCCCAAGGAGACGUCCAGUCCCAGGUCGACUGGCCGGUUAGUGGCUCCUCACUCGCCGCUGGACAAUUUGAAGCAGUGGGAGCUGGUGGAAGGGGACCGCGGCUUGAAAGUCGUCGAGAAGAAAAGUUCGCAGAGUCCUCGUGGACCAUCGGGCCGCGCGGACGGCACCGCGAGUACUCGCGCCUCGAUCGGGGCCAGCCCGAUCGUGCCGCCGAGAACGAUGCGUCAGAUCAGCCUGAAGGACCAGCUGAACGCCUUCAAGGACUCGAAGAUCGUCCAACCGAUCGCGGUGGCCAGCGACGAGUUGGCGGACGUGCCUAUUAGCCUCGAUUUGAUCCUGAAUCAGCAGGAGCAGCAACGGCAGAAAGACAAUUCCGCGGUGCAGGAGAGCACUGACAUGCUCCAAAGAUUGGAGCUGCAGGUCAAGGCCAUCGAAAUGGGCACGCUGGCGGCCAGAGAGCGUCCGUUGCAGGCCAGCUCCGAUUUCGAGCCGGAAAUACAGCUUCGAUACAGGGAGCACGAGGACCUGCUUCGAAACGUGACGGAUGACGAGGCCGAGGGGGAUUCCCCGUUGCAACGAGGAGACGCGACGAGAAACUCGACGGGAAACGCCGGGAUCACGGUGAAGGAGGGCACUGCUAAGCUAUCGAGAACAGCCUCGGAUACCAGGCGAGGACAGGAAGCGAUAAUACCGCUCCGAGCGUACAACAGGGCGCAGCAGUUAGCGCGUCCUAAUAUCAAAAAGGAGCAUCAUCAUCAACAACAACUACAACCGCAACAACAACAACAACAACAACAACAACAACAACCUCAGGAAAACAAUGCGGUUCGCAGUGCGCUAAAGCCAUUGUCAGACAUCGUGCGGAAGGCCCAGAAAAUCAAGACAGGGGAUGGCGUGGGAGUGUCGAGUAACGUCGGUCGGCUCUCGUCGAGGAGUCGGACAUCGGAGGAACCCCACAUCGGCAAGUACAAAUUACUCAAAACCAUUGGCAAGGGUAACUUCGCCAAGGUAAAGCUUGCCAAGCACGUGCCCACCGGUAAAGAAGUGGCCAUCAAAAUCAUAGACAAGACUCAACUGAAUCCGAACAGCCUCCAGAAGUUAUUCCGAGAGGUGAGGAUAAUGAAGAUGCUCGACCAUCCGAACAUAGUGAAGCUCUUCCAAGUGAUCGAGACCGAGAAGACGCUGUACCUGGUGAUGGAGUACGCCAGCGGCGGCGAGGUUUUCGACUACUUGGUUCUACACGGUCGGAUGAAGGAGAAGGAGGCCAGAGCGAAGUUCAGGCAAAUCGUUUCUGCCGUGCAAUACUGCCAUCAAAAGAAGAUCAUCCACAGGGACUUGAAGGCGGAGAAUCUGUUGCUCGACAGCGAGAUGAACAUCAAGAUCGCCGACUUCGGUUUCAGCAAUGAGUUCACGCCGGGCAACAAGUUGGACACCUUCUGCGGAUCACCGCCUUACGCGGCACCCGAGCUCUUUCAGGGUAAAAAAUACGACGGACCGGAAGUGGACGUCUGGUCGUUGGGAGUGAUAUUGUACACGCUGGUGUCGGGCUCGUUACCAUUCGACGGCUCGACGUUAAGGGAAUUGAGGGAGAGGGUGUUGAGAGGAAAAUACCGAAUCCCGUUCUACAUGUCCACCGACUGCGAGAGUCUGCUGAAAAAGUUUCUGGUGCUCAACCCGACGAAACGGGCCUGCUUAGAGACUAUAAUGAAAGACAAAUGGAUGAACAUGGGAUACGAGGACGACGAACUAAAACCGUACUUAGAACCCGAGCCCGAUUAUAAAGACCACAAGAGGAUAGGUGAGUCUGCCAAGGCCCUGGCUAGUAUGGGGUACACGAGAAACCAAAUAGAGGACUCGCUGGAACAGGCCAAGUACGAUGACGCGUUCGCCACGUAC